UUACACUAACAGUACGAGCGCCACUCUCUCUGUUCACUUACAUCGCAGAACCUGUUUCAUCAACAAGUAAGCGAGCUGACGUCUUCUCACCUGAAGAUAUCAAGGAGGUGAGUUCACUAAGAUCUUUUACUAACGUACAGGUAGAAGAGUAGACCUCGUUUGAUUUGGAUAUCCGAUUGAAACAAUACUGGGCAAACAAUACAGCAUGGAGUACAUGGAUAUUGAAAUUGAUGUUCAAGACUACAGUUCCCUAAAGAACACACAGUAUAAAAGAGCAACAUCUUCAAUCCUCAAUGUCCUAAAUUCCACCCUGCUAGAAAUGAACAUCAUAAGUAAUUUUUCUGUUUCUGAAAACGUCAGCAGGCAGGAAGACCUGGAUUAUGAUCAAGCUGAAGAAAUGGAACGGAUUCUAAGUAUAUUGGUCCCUGUUCUUUUUGGUAUUAUUGUUGUUGUUGGACUUAUCGGUAAUUCUCUAGUGGUCAUUGUUGUCCUGUUUAACCCCCAGAUGAGAUCAACUACCAACCUUCUAAUCAUAAACCUGGCAAUGGCAGAUCUCCUCUUUAUUAUUUUCUGUGUCCCCUUUACGGCAUGGGACUACUCCCUUCCGUACUGGCCGUUUGGUGAUGUGUGGUGUCGCAUCGUCCAGUACCUAGUGUUUGUGUGUGCGUACGCCAGCAUUUAUACCCUAGUUCUCAUGUCUCUAGAUCGUUUUAUGGCCGUGGUACAUCCUAUUACAUCAAUGUCUAUCCGCACGGAAAGAAACGCUUAUAUCGCCAUAGUUAUAACAUGGUCCUGCAUCAUCGUCGCUUGUGUGCCAGUUUUACAGGCCCACGGGCUGAUGAAUUAUAUGUUCAGAGAGAAGGAACAUUCCGUGUGCGUGUUCCUUGCCGAUGAGGGAUACAACCACGUUGCUUUUCAGAUCUCCUUCUUUCUCUCUUCUUAUGUUGUACCGCUGGUGUUGAUCUUUGCUCUGUACAUGCUCAUGUUGAAACGGCUAUGGUUUCACGGAGCACCAGGAGGUAAAAUGAGCGCAGAAAGCCAGAAAUCAAAGAAACGAGUCACUCGGAUGGUUGUGGUCGUCGUUCUAAUCUUUGCAAUUUGCUGGUUUCCCAUACAAAUCGUUCUGGUGCUUAAGAGUCUGAGAAAGUACGAAUUGGAAGCAGGCACAAUCGCUCUGCAGAUUUCUUCCCAUAUUUUGGCUUAUAUGAAUUCAUGCGUGAAUCCGAUUCUUUACGCUUUUCUUUCCGAAAAUUUCCGGAAAGCCUUUCGCAAAGUCAUAUCCUGUUAUACUCGACCAAACCGUCCUUGCAGACAAACCUUCGAGCGUGUAGAACGGGAGACAGUCGGAGGAACGUACACAUCUAAGAGUACCAAACUAAAUAAUGACAUUUUGUAAGUGUCAUUAUUAUACUUAUACUACCAUAUUUAACAAUAAAAACCACCUUUUCUUCGGAACAAUAUUUGGAUUUCCCUUGUGACUAAAAGUGUAGACAAUAAUAAUAACAGAGCAACAAAACGCUAGCUUUCGGUCUUUCAUGAUGAAACCCACCUUACUCCUCCUUGAUGGAAAACAAUUUAAAAACCUCCCAUCAUUCGGACAUACCCACACACAAUGAUCAUGCUUACUUCCCUAUAUUGGAAGCUUAACCUGUAUCCUGGAAGAUAAUUAGCUAUUAUCGAGUGUGAUCCUAUAUUCUGUGCUGCUUGGCAUUACCGCUGUACUUUAACAGCAUGAUUCAUAGGCUCUUCUCUCAGAACAACUAUAUCUGUAUAACUCAAGGGAGAUUGUAUAGUCUCUAUUAAAUGGAUUCAUGUGGUAUAUUUCAAGAAUGAUUCGUAUACUUCAUUCUGAAUAUGACUUCAUCGCGUAUUUCAAGUAUUUUGUGAACUUUUAAAUAUGCCAGUUUCUUGUAUUUGUCAAGCGAGUUGUAUGUACGGUUUUCUCAAUAAGACUGACUCCGUAUACUACAAGUGUGAUGCGAAUCGUGUAUACUAAAUAUGACAAAUUCUUGUAUUUAUCAAACGUGUUGUACGUGCGGUAUUCUGAAUAUGACCAAUUCCGUAUACUUCAAGUGUGAUGUGAAUCGUGUGUACUAAAUACGACAAAUUAUUGUAUUUAUCAAGAAUGUUGUAUGUGCGGCAUUCUGAAUACAACUAAUUGUAUCAUACUUCAAGUGUUAUUCGUAAAUUUUGUAUUAAAUGCUACUACUUGGCUGUUUUUCGUAGUAUUUUUCAAAUGUGAUUUCAGAAACAAAGAUUUUAUGGUUACAAUAGAAGUGGUAUUUCUUACCUAAAACAGGUUUUAUGGUUACAAUGGAAAUGUCAUUCCUAUCAUUAUUGACAUCGUUUUGUUAUUACUAGCCGAGAUAAUGGAACUGUUACAAAAUCCAACGUCUUGUGUUUACUGGCAUUCAUUCACGUUCGACUAAGAUGUGUCGUUAUUACAGUGACACUAACCUGUCAUUAAAACAACUAAAGAAAACGUGAUAAGCACAACUCCAGCCACAGAAUACAGCAAGAAUUUACACGUAUAAAGUUCGGCUAACAUUAAAUCGGCUGAAUUUAAAACUAACGAACCUACAUUACUAUUACGAAUCGUACUAUAAAGAUGGAUGUGUGAAAACAAAAUUACAAACAUUACUGAAUGACUUUUUUCAAAUCGUCCUACUAAUAAUGACUUUAAAAUAUAAAGAAAUUAUAAGAAAGUUCACAAGGAGCUGCAGUGAAUGAAACUCUCUGCAUCAAUGUCUUUAAGAACGUUCUCUUGACAAGGGUGCACUUACCAGUUUGUCUAACAUGAUAAAGUAUAGAGGAAAACGUUUAACAAUCUAGAGUAACUUUGUGGCAUAACUGGGUGGAAGAAUGAAGUAAACUCGAAAUAUUUAGAUGUGAAGUUACUGUGUAACCGUUUACU